AUGAUGAGAACAAGAGGAGCACGGUAUGAUGGAGGGAUCGUCGUGCUGGCCCUCGCCUGGGCUGCUCUGCACACGCUGUUGUCGUUGUCGUCGUCGUCGUCGUCGCACGGUGGCAGGUGGACGAUGACCUGCUCGGCCGACGACUUGUGUCGGCGCAUCGAGGACCGACAGCCGGGCUGGGCCCUGUGCAGCCCGUGUCCACCGUCGAACGACCUGGUCCUGGGUCGCACGAGGGGCCUCGACUGCCGUGGCAAGCUCGAGCAGCAACAACCAGAGCCACAAGAGGACAAGGACAAGGAUGAUGAUGAUGACCAUCAUCAUCCUCCUCCUGUCUCAUCCUCCUCAUCAUCAUCAUCGUUGCUGGGCACCGACGUCACUGUGCCCAAGUCCAUCCGAAAAUUGGACCUGAGCGAGAACCACAUCCGCGCCCUGACCCGCACGACCUUCGGCCCCAUGCCCCAAGUCCUCGUGCUCAACUUGGGUCGCAACUGCAUCGCGGACAUUGACGAGUACACGUUCGCGUCGGACCGACUGCAGGGCCUGCGCGUGCUGCAACUCGGGGGCAACCAGUUGGGCCAGGUCAGGGACUUUGCCCUCUUUGGCCUGGACCGACUCGAGUACCUGGACCUGAGCCAGAACAAAUUGCGAGUCCUGGCGCCGCAGAGCUUCCAGAGCCUCACAAGACUCACACGCCUGUCCCUGCGAGACAACCCGUUGUUGGGCCAGGAACCACUGCAGGCCCUCGGAUACCUGUCGGGACUGCCGCGACUCAAGAGCCUGUACCUCGAGGGCACGGGGUUGCGGGACGAGUCCCUGUCGGAGGAGGUGGUGCGCGGGAUGCGGGCCCCGAUUGCCGCGCUGGGCCUGGCGAGGAACGCCCUCACGCGAGUGCCACGGGAACCCCUGGCCCUGCUCUCGGCCACCCUGCGCAUCCUCGACUUGUCCGACAACCCGGGCAUCAAGUGGCUCAACGCGUCUUCAUUCCCAUCAUCAUCAUCAUCAUCAUCAUCGUUGAAUAAGGAGGAGGAGGAGAUGAUGAUGAUGAUGAGGAUGGGUCUGCCUCAACUGCGCGACCUGCGCAUCGACAGGUGUCCCCGUCUGACCCACAUUGGCCCGCACACGUUUGCCGGCAUGCCUCGACUCGAGUCCCUGUCCGUGUCUGUCAACCGACGUCUGCGCCACGUGCACGUCCACGCAUUCCGACGACGAGCAGAUGAUGAUGCCACCACCACCACCAGCAGCAGCAAUAGCAAUGAUGUCAUUGGACAAGAGGGUGGUGGUGGUGGUGGUGGUAGUUCAAGCACCCACCACCACCACCAACAACAACAACAACAACAACAACACCUCGUCCGCCUCAGUCUGCGCCAAAACGCCCUCUCUCGACUCGACGCCCGUCUCCUGCCCGACUGGGGCGCCGUGUCCGUGGUGGACUUGCAGGGCAACCCCUGGCACUGCGACUGCCACCUGCGCUGGCUCAAGAAGCUCCGACUGCCCAAGAACCUCUCGGCAGGCCUGAGGUGCCGGUCUCCCAGCCACAGACGCAAUCGUCGGAUCGACCACUUGCGCCUCGCCGCCUUCACGUGUCCGUCCAAGGUGUCCCAGGUGCUGGGCCACCAGGCCCGCAGCUCCCUCGGCGUCGAGGUCUUCCUCAUCCUCGUCUUCCUCAGCCUCGUCCUCUUCUUCCUCGUCCGCUCGUGUCGUCGACGACGUGCCCCUAUCCGAGAUGGGCGAUCACCAUCAAUAAUAAUGCCAGGGGUGACUGCUGCUGCUGCUGCUGCUGGCAUUAUUAAUAAUAGUCACGAAAACGUCAAUAUCAAUGAUGAAAAUCAUCAUCAUCAUGAUCGCAACAACGGGGAUGCAGCUUAUUUAUCCCGAUUCCUCGACGGGGUCUGGGCCCGACUGCGGGCAGCACUUGCUGCUGCUGCUGCUGCUGCCAGGAAUCAUCGGUCUGGCCCAGAACUCGGCUACGCCCGCAUGGUGCCGAGCAGACGACGACCCAGCAGUUUAAUGUUGGUGGGUGCUGAUGGACGCGAGUAA